AUGGAGAAUGCUGCAAACAUACCAUUUCAAUUUGCCUCUACCAAGCCAGCAAAUGUCAAUGAAGACCUAUAUGAGCCCCAGGACUCUUCCAACAACCCCCCAAGCCCCCUAACAAACAAGGGUAAGAAAAUUGAAAAGGCUGCCAGAUUCCUCGAGGCUGCUCUGCAACUAGAUGCCCCUUCAGGCCCCCCCCCAGAAUCCACCUCCACAACAGACUCAGCUCAAAGCCACCUGCACACUCCCCCUCCAGCCUACUGCCCAGGAGCCCCAAAAGAGUUUCCCCCAGCCCACUGCCCUAACACCGAAACCGAGGAAACCAACAAUGCCCAGGACCUUGCAAUGUUUGAAACAGUGAUGGCUGAGAAACCACAGGAUGGAAAUGAAGACUAUAACUGGAUGGGCCUCAGGCAGGACCUCGAAAAUUUUGUAGCACAUGGACUCCGCCCCACCAGUCUCCUAGACGGUGCUAACCCCACCAGAGUGAAUGAAUGGAUGCUAACCAAAGAUGCCAUCCUAGUCUUACCACUGGAUGCCACCUACAAUGAAGAAAAUGCAUGCAAGUUGUCAUAUCCAUACAUACCAAAUCCCGAACCGACUCCCGGACCCCCAUUUCCCCCACCUCCGGAGUCCUACCCUACCACUGUCCGUUCUAAAUGGAACACCACUCCUCUCGCCACCCUCCUCCUCUCACUACUCCUCUUACUACUCCUCUUACUCCUCAUGACACCUCCACCCUUCCAUCACUUUCCUACCCUUCUCCCAUCUGCUCUGAUACUCACCUUCGGACCUGACACCUUUCCUCUCCUCCACUCCUCCACCCGCUCCUCUCUUCUCUCUCCUCCCUCUGACCCUCUUCCACCAAACCUCCGGCAAGUUACGACCUUCCACUGCUGUCCCAUACCCUGUACUCGGACACCGCUUGUACCUUCGCUCCGAGAUUCUGUCACAGAUCCGACCUCGGACUUUGACUCCACCUGGGCUUAA